CUCCCUCCCCCUCGCUCCCGCCAACAGAUGGAGGAGCGGAGGGAAAGGCAGAGGGCCGCUCGCGAUCGAGUCAUCACCGACCGCCGGAGUCUGGAACACCUCCGGCUAGACGCCCAAAAGAGGCAACAGGAAUUCGAACAGAAGGAGAGCAAGCUGGAGAACCUCAAGACAAACCUGAACCUGGAAACGGAAAACUCAAGGAAGGCUUACUACAGGGAGUUUAAAAAGGUUCGGCUAAGUUUGGAGGCUUCUGACGUGGUACUGGAGGUGUUAGACUGCCGGGACCCUCUUGGUUGUCGAUGCCCAGAAGUGGAGAAGGAGGUAGUGGAGGCUGGUACCAACAAACGUCUCAUCCUAGUCCUGAACAAGAUCGACCUGGUGGCUAAGGACGUGGUCCAGAAGUGGCUAAAGUAUCUCAGGAACGAGCUCCCUACUGUCGCCUUCAAAGCCUCCACUCAGCUCCAGAACAAGCAUCUGCACCGGAGCAGGGUCCCAGUGGAGCGGGCGGGCGAGGACCUGCUGAGGGGCGGAGGGUGCGUGGGUGCGGACAACCUCCUGCGCCUCUUGGGCAGCUACUGCCGUAACCAGGGGCUACCCCUCCCGCCAUCACGGUCCCCCCUCUGGAGGGUGACACAGACAGUGACACAGACCCUCCCCACCCCCAGGUGCCUGCAGCUGAUCCACUUGGACAAGCACGUGAAGCUUCUAGACUGCCCGGGCAUCGUGAUGGCCAGCUCGGCCCACUCCGAUGCUGCCGUCGUCCUCCGCAACUGCGUGAAGGUGGAGCGCCUCGCCGACCCCGUGGCGCCCGUGGCCGCCAUCUUGCGGCGUUGCAACACGGAGCAAGUGAGGCAACACUACGGGAUCGGGGAGUUUCGGACACGAUGGGAGGUGGGGGCUCUCCUGGAGAGGAGGUUCGGAGGGCUGAAGAAGGGAGGAGUGCCUGAUCAGGAGAAAGGAGCCCGGACUGUCCUCACCGAGAGGACCUGGUAG